GUUCGGCAACUGCCUCGGGCGGCUGUACACGUUCACGCUGCUGUAUAAUCUGCACGCGAAGAUCGACAUGGCGAACGACCAGCGCCUGCGGCCGACGUUCUUCACCGGCUCGAUGGCGGGUGGCGGGACGCCGGUGAUGACGCAGACGGCAGACAUCGCAUUCGCGGCGCCGGGUGCGGUGACUGUCGAGCACGGGUAUCCACGCCAGAGCUUCGGAGCGCCGAGUCAUCCGGUCGUGAGGCAGUCGGCUGCACUGCCGCCGAUGAGGGACCCGGGUGAGGAGGAGAUCGAUUCAGAAUCUUCGGUGGCUUCCAAAGGGCCGGAUGAUGCUGUCAAAGAGGAGGUUUGAUGUCGGCCAUCUUCGUAAAACAUAUUCUCUCGAUCGACGACUCCGACGAGGCGUUGUAAUAAUCAGGUCAGCCCUGUGUUGAUAUUCCGAGAUUG